AUGACCGAUGGCACCUUCUACAAGAUCGGUUGGGAGAAUUCCCUGGGAUUGUCCCCAUACUUCAGUCGAUUCCGUGCUUAUCGCAAAGACUUGGCCAAGGUGGUCGAAUCGCCGACGGCAGCUUCGCGCUUCAAUCGUUUACAAGAAGCAGAAGUUGAUCAUUUCUUACUACACCUUCUAGAUUCGCCAAAGGACCUCGUGGAGCAUUUCCGGAAAGAAGCUGGCUCGGUCAUCUUGAGGAUAGCCUACAGCUACAACGCCGAACCGCAUGGGAACGACCCUCUCAUCGACCCGGCAGGCGAUGCUAUGGAUAAGUUUGCAAAAGCCGGAGUUCCCGGAGCGUUGCCUGUGGACAUGUUGUUGCCUUUUAUGAAAUCGCUGCCUGACUGGUUCCCUGGUACGGCAUUCAAGCGCAUUGCACGGGAGUGGGCAUCAACGUUGACGGAGCUCACCGAGAAGCCGUAA